AUGAAACCUGUCAGAGCCCCCGGACGUGAUUUUAUAUCAGCACACUUUCUUCGGGCUGGUGGCCAUCCACUUCAUGUAAUCUUAGCAGCCCACAUGACAUCCUACUUUCAGAAAGAAAGGAUCCCAGACCAGUGGGAGGCCUCGCGAACCGUUCCUAUACUUAAGAAAGGUGACCGAGAGGACCUUCGGAACAGCCGUCCGAUAUGCUUGCUGAGCGUGUUAUACAAAGUAUUCACCAAGAUCAUCCUCACGCGCAUAUCUAGGACGCUGGAUGAAGCCCAGCCUCAAGAACAAGCUGGAUUCCGUCAAGGGUUCAGCUGCUUGGACCACAUCCAGACAGUGUCGAGGGUCAUAGAGAAAGCCUUCGACAGCGUAGAAACGAAUGCAAUAUUGUCAGCGCUGGUCGAUCAAGGUGUGGACGAUUCGUAUGUGAGGACAUUAGCCAAUUGCUACGAUCGUUGCACGACUAGGAUACAGCUUUUCCACCGCCCUCUCACCAUACCCAUUGGAAAGGGAGUACGACAAAGCGAUACUAUAUCGCCGAAACUGUUCGUGGCUGCAUUGCAAUGGAUAAUGAAAUCACUUCCUUGGGAAGAAAGGGGCAUACGUGUUGAUGGAAGAUUUCUCUUGAACCUUCGUUUCGCGGACGACAUCGUUCUCUUUUCGAGCAGUACUAAUGAAGCAGAAACGAUGCUCAACGAGUUGAACGAAUCAGGAAAGAGAAUAGGACUGCGAAUAAACAGAAAGAAGACACAGUUCAUGAAGGACGCCUACUGCGAGGACGGAAGAGUACAACUUGAAGGCUCCCAAAUUGUUGAAACUUCGUCAUACUUCGGAUGUUCUAUGAACAUGAAAACGACUUGA